AUGAAAGCAAAAAAUAAAAAAGUGGUUUGUACCACGUGAUUUUCCAUCUGAAAACUUCAAGAUGGCGGGUCCCGUCACGGGCUGAUUCCGUUGGCGGCGCGCGCACUGCUGUGCUAGCGCCAAGGGCCCGUCUUUCCCCCUCCCCCACCAACGUUGGCUACCGUGAGGGUCCUUCGUCCCCUGUCCCAGCUUUAGUCUUCUGUCUUCACACGCAGGUCAGUGCCUGGCGCAACGGCUUCCCGGCAGAUCUCGCUGUGGGAGUCACAUUUUGAAAACAACUUGAAUAGUCUACCAUCCUGCUGGAUUACAUUGCUUUACCACAUAGAAUGUCUUUCUGAUCUGGAGUUUAUCUGGUGGCUAUGAAUCUGUCUCCUGAAAAUACGUCCUAUGUUCUGUUGGAGCGCUGAAGCUCUUCAAGCCUGUUGUCUGUUGGAAGCUAACCUCUCUUUCUCAUACUCAUUUAAAUUCUGCUAGCAAUGAGUUCUCAAAGCCAUCCAGAUGGACUUUCUGGCAGGGACCAGCCAGUAGAAUUGCUAAAUCCAGCCAGAGUAAACCAUAUGCCAAGUUCUGUUGACGUGACCACAACACUGCCUUUGCAAGUUGCACCAUCUGUAGUCCCUAUGGAUCUCCGCUUGGACCAUCAAUUCUCUAUGCCAGUGGCAGAGCCUACCUUACGUGAACAGCAGCUCCAGCAGGAACUGUUGGCCCUCAAACAAAAACAACAGAUCCAGAGACAGAUCCUCAUAGCAGAAUUUCAAAGACAACAUGAACAACUCUCUCGUCAGCAUGAAGCUCAACUACAUGAACAUAUAAAGCAACAACAGGAGAUUUUGGCAAUGAAACAUCAGCAGGAGCUCUUGGAACACCAGAGAAAGUUGGAAAAGCAUCGGCAGGAGCAAGAGUUAGAGAAGCAGCACAGAGAACAGAAACUGCAGCAACUUAAAAACAAAGAGAAAGGAAAAGAAAGUGCAGUGGCAAGCACAGAAGUAAAAAUGAAGUUACAAGAGUUUGUCUUAAAUAAAAAGAAAGCUUUGGCCCAGAGGAAUCUCAACCAUUGCAUUUCCAAUGACCCGCGCUUCUGGUAUGGGAAAACACAGCAUAGUUCUCUUGACCAGAGUUCACCACCACAAAGUGGAGUGACGGGAACUUACAAUCAUCCUGUGCUAGGGAUGUAUGAUUCCAAAGAUGAUUUUCCACUCAGAAAAACAGCAUCUGAACCCAAUCUCAAAUUGCGAUCCAGAUUAAAGCAAAAGGUUGCAGAAAGGCGCAGUAGCCCCUUAUUACGAAGAAAAGAUGGUCCUGUAGUUACAACUCUUAAGAAGCGUCCAUUAGAUGUCACAGACUCUUCAUGCAAUAGUGCUCCUGGAUCUGGCCCUAGUUCUCCAAACAAUAGUUCAAAUAACAUAAGUACUGAGAAUGGAAUUACUGGAUCAGUUGCAAAUAUUCAAGCAGAGACCAACCUGGCUCAUAGACUUGUGAAUCGUGAAGGCUCGGUAACACAGCUUCCUUUGUACACAUCUCCUUCCUUGCCAAAUAUAACGUUAGGACUACCUGCAACUGCCCCAUCCAGUGGGGGAUCAGGACAGCAGGAUGCUGAAAGACUUGCUAUUCCACCCUUACAACAACGAAUCUCCUUAUUUCCUGGCACCCACCUCACUCCUUACUUGAGCAGCACUGCAGUGGAAAGGGAUGGGGGAGCUGCACACAACCCUCUUCUUCAACACAUGGUCUUACUGGAACAACCAACUGCGCAAAACCCCUUAGUCCCAGACUGGUAUCUUUCAGGACUAGGGGCACUCCCCCUCCAUGCGCAGUCCCUGGUGGGUGCAGAUCGGCUCUCUCCCUCAAUACACAAACUGCGGCAACACCGCCCUUUGGGGCGCACACAGUCUGCUCCUCUUCCUCAGAAUGCGCAGGCCCUUCAGCAAUUAGUGAUCCAACAACAACAUCAGCAAUUCCUGGAAAAACACAAACAGCAAUUUCAGCAGCAGCAGCUGCACAUUAACAAGAUUAUACCAAAAUCCAAUGAGUCUUCCCGUCAGCAUGAAAGUCAUCCUGAAGAGACUGAAGAAGAAUUACGAGAACACCAGGCGUUUUUAGAAGACGCAUACAUUGACAGGAUAUCAAACCAAAAGGAAGUCCAAGCGUUGACCAGUAUGGUCCAGGUGAAGCAAGAACCUGUUGAGAGUGAUGAAGAUGGAGAGUUUCAACAAGACAUAGAACCAGGGCAGAGGCAAGCUGAGCAGGAGCUGCUGUUCAGACAGCAAACCCUUUUAUUGGAGCAGCAACGGAUUCACCAGCUAAGGAACUACCAGGCAUCCAUGGAAGCGGCUGGCAUCCCAGUGUCCUUUGGGGGGCAUCGGCCACUUUCUCGAGCUCAGUCUUCACCUGCCUCUGCCAACUUUCCUAUGUCCGUACAGGAGCCACCGUGCAAGCCACAGUUCACAACAGGCCUUGUGUAUGAUACUCUGAUGCUGAAACACCAGUGUAUUUGUGGCAACACAAACAGUCACCCAGAACAUGCAGGGAGAAUCCAGAGCAUUUGGUCACGGCUCCAGGAGACAGGUCUUCGUAGCAAGUGUGAGUGUAUCCGUGGAAGAAAAGCUACUCUUGAAGAACUACAGACUGUUCAUUCAGAAGCUCACACACUGCUUUAUGGUACCAACCCUCUGAACAGGCAGAAAUUGGACAGCAAGAAAUUGUUAGGCUCUCUAACAUCAAUGUUUGUCAGACUCCCUUGUGGUGGUGUUGGGGUUGACAGUGAUACAAUUUGGAAUGAAGUACAUUCAUUCAGUGCUGCUCGUCUUGCUGUUGGAUGUGUCAUAGAGCUUGUUUUUAAAGUGGCUACUGGGGAACUGAAGAAUGGAUUUGCUGUAGUUCGACCUCCUGGUCACCAUGCAGAAGAAAGUACACCCAUGGGGUUUUGCUAUUUUAAUUCUGUGGCAAUUUCAGCCAAGCUUCUCCAGCAGAGACUGAAUGUGAACAAAAUACUUAUAGUGGACUGGGAUGUACACCAUGGAAAUGGUACUCAGCAGGCUUUCUACAAUGAUCCUAAUGUUCUUUAUAUUUCACUACAUCGCUAUGAUGAUGGAAACUUCUUCCCAGGCAGUGGAGCUCCUGAUGAGGUUGGCAUAGGACCAGGUGUCGGUUUCAAUGUUAAUAUGGCAUUUACUGGUGGUCUUGAUCCACCAAUGGGAGACACAGAAUACUUGACUGCUUUCAGAACAGUGGUAAUGCCUGUUGCUAAUGAGUUUGCUCCUGAUGUUGUGCUGGUUUCAUCUGGUUUUGAUGCAGUGGAAGGUCAUCCUGCACCACUUGGAGGAUAUAAUCUAUCAGCAAAAUGUUUUGGAUAUCUGACAAAACAGCUCAUGGGUCUAGCUGGAGGACGAAUCAUUCUGGCCCUUGAAGGAGGCCAUGACCUGACAGCCAUUUGUGAUGCUUCUGAAGCAUGUGUUUCUGCUUUGCUAGGAAUUGAGCUUGAUCCUAUUCCUGAAAAGAUAUUACAGCAGAGAGCAAAUGCCAAUGCAGUGCAUUCCAUUGAAAAAGUCAUUGAAAUACAGAGUAAGUACUGGCACUCACUCCAGCGCUAUUCCUCAACAGUCAGCUAUUCUUUGAUAGAUGCACAGAAGUGUGAGAACGAAGAAGCAGAAACUGUAACAGCUAUGGCAUCAUUGUCAGUGGGAGUUAAGCCACCGCCUGAUAAAAAGCCAGAUGAGGAGCCCAUGGAAGAGGACCCUCCCCUGUAGCACUCAUCUUUUCGGCUGGAGUUCUCCUGUUUGUUCGUCUUGUCUUGAAGCUCUGCCAAGAAGCUUUCUCUUGUUACUUCUGCAUCCUGUCAUGGUUUUCUUCCAGACUACAGCAAGGCAGCCAUGCGUGAAAGAAAGCGAAAUCUCUCCGUAUCUGUACAGAAUAUGCUUGUGGAAAAGAAAAAGUGCAGGUGAAGAGCAGAAAUAUUAAAGACGUAUGCAUUGAGCAUUCUUCCUCUUUUCCUAAAUGGAAUCUAUGAGAGUCAAGAAGCCAGUGAAGUAUUUGGCAAAGUUGCCAACUUAAAAGAGAGAGAAAGAAAUCAAAGAUUUAACAUAGAUAUGACAACUUUCAUUUAAAACUGGUGCUUAAAGUUUGAUUAUCCUUCGUUCAGACCACUCAGACCAUAUUGUAGUUUUGGUUUUUAUGUUUUAUUUUUGUGGCUCUUGCCUACCUGUGAUUCAGACAUUCUCUUCAAAACCCAAAUAAUAUGAGGAAGUGUUUUUUUCUUUAUAUGAAGGGUGAAAAGAGAACUGAGCUUUUUAUAUCUAUAUACAUGCAGACAGACUAUAUACGUGUGGAGAGGAAGAACGUAAAACAAGGAAGAUAGCCCAGAAAGGGGAUCGGCUUUAGCAUCUCCAAAGCCAUCUGAAGAGUUUGUGCCUUUAAAAAACAUAGAUUGGAUUGAUUUUGGGCAGCUGGUUUUUUCUGACGUUUUGAGGAACAAUGCCUUAAAGAAAAGAACUCUGCAGCAGUUCCUCUGGCAGGGCAGGCCGAGAACUGCAAUCAGCAAGAAAGGCUCUAGGAUUUCUGCUAGCAUGAUUACUUAAAGCAAGCAAUGGCCGGAGCUUCUCCAAAACAGUUGACAAGUUUGGAUUUUGUUUUGCAUUGUUUUAUUGCUGUUUAAAAUGAAAAUUAAGGUAGUUGCCAGUAAUGUGGCAAAUACUGUUGGGUUUCUAAAAUUCAACUGUUAUUUAAAAAAUCCCAACAUCUCUCCUAUACGUAUAACCAUUUUAACUAUCAAUUUGGUUGUAAAAGCAUGCAUCAGACACAACUGCAGAUUUUAAAGAAUUGGAAUGCUUUUUAUUAAAAGCAACUAGCAUGAGAUACUGCUUAAUAUUUUAGGUAUAAAUAUAUAAAUGUAUAUGUAUAAUGUAUAUUCCAAAUGUAUUCCAAGCUUAGAAACACGACUCUUACAAAUUAUUGAUAAAAUAUUUAUAAUGCAUUUAUUCAAAAUAUAUCAAUAAAUGCAGAUUACAAUGGUAGCCAUUGGAAGUUCCCUUGCAAAAAUUUAUUUGUGAAUUGGAGUGUAAGGGUUUUUAGUAAAGGGAUCUUGUUUGAAACUUGACCAUUUUCAAACUGUAGUUUGGAAUGCUUUCAGAAUGCCAACGUUUUAGCCACUAGGCAACUACCCUAAACAUUGCUAUUUUAAUUUUAAGGUUUUUAACUUUGAUCCUUUUCUAACAAAAUGAGUUUUCUAGCAAAUAUGUAUUUGCUAUUGCUUUAUUUUAUAUUGGUUUUUACAAAAAGCCCCGGAACAGCCUUAUUUGCAUGGAUUUUCAUUUUAGUUUCCAUUUGACAAUAUGUUUCUAAACAGUAACCAUUUUCUUGACCUUGAUCACUUUUCCUUGCACGCUGGAAUUGUAUUUGUGUUUGGACUUUUGAACCAUUAACCAUUUUCAUGGUCAUGUGGGACAGUUGCAAAUUGUUAGGCUUUGUUUUCAGAAAGCCCUUUUCACAAAAGGAAGGAUUCCAAGGUCUUUUUUAUAUCAGGAAACUGAUUAUAUAUUUUAUCAGUUCUUCAGUCAUAGUUGCUAUGCUACAUAAAAAAUAAGGAGCUUUCUUACCUUAAAAACGUAAUAGUAUUACAAAGAGUGAUGUAUCAUAUAUCCUCAGUAUAGAGUGUGGCAAGGAUUAUUAAAGGCAUUCAUAACUUAAGUGACCAUGUUGAAAGUCUGCCAAACUCUUGUGCAGUUAACACUAACACAAACACACAGAGGUUUUCCUGAACCACUCUGGUCGAGUAAGUCCUCUAAAAGACUGUUUCACAGUGAAUAAUAAUAUUAAUUACUUCUUGUUGGCUGGGAGAGUGUUAAUCUUGGCCACUGUUUCCUAUUCCCCCAGUUGCCUUUUGAGGUGAGGGGAGUUGUCCCUCAAAAUAAGUAACUAAACUUUUAGUAGUGAAAUUAUAGCUAGAGAAGACUGAAUUCAUGUGUUCUUUUUCAAGCAGUGUAGGAUAUUACAUGCCACUCAUCUGAAUAACCAGUAGUAUUUUCCUUUUUUAAAAUUUUUGUUAUAAUAACUGACAGGGUCGCUUAGUAGUAAUUUAUUUUCUGGUUCUGAAAAGUUUUAUUUUUCUUCAUUCCAUUAAGAGCAGAAUUGUAAGAAUUUAAGCAUAAAUCUGACUGAGUGCAAGAGAGAGUUUUAGGGUUUUAUUUAAUGCUUAAUAUGCAAUUUUUAAGACAGACACUACAAUAUUUGAGUUCUUGCUAACCCAAAUACAUUCAAAUUGAUGAAUACUUUUUGGCAUUAGAACUGCCAAGAGCAUACUCUAAGAGUAAAGCUUGACAGUAAAGAUAAAAUGUAUAUUUUAUAAAAUGACUACCUUGCUGCUGUGAUCUAUAAAGAUUUUUGCUGUGGAAUCAUCUGAUUUCAUAUUUUGUUAAUUUAGCCCUUUAUCACUGUUGGUAAAAGUGAUGCAUCUAUAAUCACUUCAGUCUAAAAUACUUUAUUUUCAACACCAGUUUACAUGUUGUCAAAAUACUUGCUUUUUUCAUUGCAAGAAGUAGUUGAUACACAAUGUUGAGACGAUGGCCUGGAGUAUUUGGUAAUGCUUGCAAUGUUGUUAAUUUUAAGAUUCUACAUUUGUUUCUUACAAACAAAUGUUGCUACAUCAUUGUCUUUCUAAAUUCACACACAUCAUUGUUAUACAUCAAUCUAUUUCACAAUCCAAAGCUCUUGAGUUUGUUUAAAAAGGUCAUUGCAUAACCUCACUCCAAGACUGAGUCUGGGUUUCCUUCUACAGUCCACGUGUAACACAAAGGAGUACCAUUGUAACCUUGUUUUUUUCCUGGAAGUUUACUUCAUAUGGACCUUGUGGGCUUGUGAGCUCUGUGGCUAAACGAAGAGUGCAAGCUGAUUUAAGCAAUGACCUGUAUUUCCCACAUUUUUAUAUACUACAAAUAUGAGGUACCUGAGUUCCACCAGCAAGACACUAGAAGUUUUUACUAACCCAGCUUCCAAGGUAUUGGGGUGGCUUAUUUACAACUUCUCUUGUAGCAAUUUAAAAACAAAGGAACAUCUUAAAAUCGUAUUACCCAGAAGUGACUCCCAGGCUGUAGUACAAAGUACUAAUAGUUGAGUAUUUAGGGUUUAUUUUACUUUCGAUACACAAACAUUCCUUUUUAUUAGUCAUGUACUCAUUCCAUUCUUCCUUUUGUAAACUUGUGGGCCCACAUUUUAUGGGCAUUGAUAUAUAUAAAUAUAUAUAUAUAUAUAUAUAUAUAUAUAAAAUAUAUAUGAAUAUAUUUUUUUAAGUUUCCUACACCUUGAGGUUGCAUGGUCUGUUAGGUUGGCAUGUUGUAUACAGAUUUUGCACGCCACACUUGGCAGCUUUGGGAAAAAAAAUCCCCUCUAAUGGCAUUAGCAACAAAUGAAAGGUCAGGAUGUUUUCUGUCAUGCAAAUUAAAAGUGAGGAGCAUGGAGAGGGGGAGUUUGUCUUACUGAACUUAUUAAAGACCUGUGCUUUUUAUUGUAAAAUAAAAAAAUACAAAGGACUACUUAAACAUUUGUCAUUUUAAGAAAAAAAAUAUCUAGCACUUGUGACGAACCAAUAAUAGAGUUUAUUGUAUUUAUGUGGAAAUCAUGUUCUUGGGGAAACUACACAGAACACACAAGUACUGCCUGUGUCAUUAUUCUUUGGGGGGAGUUUUUUGUUUUUCCUUUAGGCAGGCAAGGGAUAAGGCAGGCACAAACCUAUGCCAACUUCUUUUUGUAUUAAUUCUGAGAUGAAAAUGUCAAGAACUUUAAAAGUUAACUCUUCAGCACAGCUGUGUUAACAUUUUUUAACGAUGUAUCACUAGAUUACACUUGUAAGCAGUGAUGUACUGUGCAAACACUGUGGUUUCAAAUACAAAUUUAUAUCAGCGGGAAAGGAAGUUUCUUCAUAGUGAUAGUUGAGCUUGUUUCCUCCCAGCUUCACCUUGUAUUUGAUAUUGAGUAAAAAUCCUAUUGA